UAUGGCAACACUGCGAGCGCUUUAGUUGAUAGUUGUUCCCGUUUGCAGUUGUGAGUGCUACGAAAUAAUAAUAACAAACGACUUAGAGAUGAACGAAAACUCAGACAGCUGUUCCCUCUCCACGCCAUGCGGGCGUUUCGAUACUGCGCGUGCCAUAGAUGAUCACGAUGCAACAGAUGAUGACAUGACUUUCUGCAUGUCGAACUACGCCAAGGAAGCACUUAAAAUGAUGUUCAUGAUGCGUUCACACGGCAUGCUAACAGACGUUGUGCUUGAAGUGAAGAAGGAGCUCUUUCCUGCCCACAAGGUGGUUCUUUCUGCUGCAUCACCGUACUUCAAGGCCAUGUUUACUGGCGGACUGAAGGAGUCUGAGAUGUCGCGCGUGCAACUUCAGGGGGUGUGUCCCACGGCAAUGGCCCGGAUUCUUUACUUUAUGUACACUGGACAGAUACGUGUGACAGAAGUAACUGUCUGCCAACUUUUGCCUGCAGCGACAAUGUUCCAAGUCCAAAAUGUUAUUGAUGCCUGCUGUGCUUUCCUGGAGCGCCAGUUAGAUCCAACUAACGCUAUAGGCAUUGCUAAUUUUGCCGAACAGCACAGCUGCAGUGAGCUACAGAAGAAAGCAAACUACUUUAUUGAACGUCACUUUAUGCAAGUUUGCCAGGAGGAAGAGUUUUUACAGUUGUCCGCUUAUCAACUGAUAGCACUUAUCAGGCGGGACGAGCUGAACGUACAGGAAGAACGCGAGGUAUACAAUGCCGUUCUGAAAUGGGUGAAGUACGAUGAGGACAAUCGGCAUUGCAAGAUGGAACACAUUCUUGGCGCUGUUCGCUGCCAGUUUCUCACGCCCAACUUUCUUAAGGAGCAAAUGAAAAACUGUGAUGUACUGAGGAAGGUUCCGGCUUGUCGCGAAUAUCUAGCCAAGAUCUUUAAAGACUUAACAUUGCACAAAUGCCCAGGCGUCAAAGAACGCACACCAAAUACAACGCGUAUGAUAUUCGUCGCUGGCGGUUUUUUCCGACAUUCAUUGGACAUACUGGAGGCAUAUAAUGUCGAUGACAAGACUUGGACUACUUUACCAAAUCUGCGCAUUCCACGUUCCGGUCUGGGCGCUGCAUUUCUCAAAGGAAAGUUCUAUGCAGUGGGCGGGCGCAAUAACAACAUUGGCUCCUCAUACGAUUCCGACUGGGUAGAUCGAUAUAGUGCUAUAAGCGAAACGUGGCGGCCCUGUUCGCCAAUGUCUGUCCCGCGUCAUCGUGUCGGCGUAGCAGUCAUGGACGAGCUAAUGUACGCUGUGGGUGGAUCCGCAGGAAUGGAAUACCACAAUACAGUGGAGUACUAUGACCCAGACCAGGAUCGCUGGACGCUCGUUCAGCCAAUGCAUUCCAAACGAUUGGGCGUUGGCGUUGUGGUUGUUAAUCGUCUUCUGUACGCCAUUGGUGGCUUUGAUGGCAACGAGCGUUUGGCCAGUGUAGAGUGCUACCAUCCGGAAAAUAAUGAAUGGAGCUAUUUGCCGUCCCUCAAUACUGGCCGCAGCGGAGCAGGUGUCGCAGCCAUUAAUCACUUCAUAUACGUCGUGGGAGGCUUUGAUGGCACACGACAACUUGCUACAGUAGAACGAUACGAUACUGAGAACGAGACCUGGGAUAUGGUAGCGCCAAUACAAAUUGCACGGAGUGCUCUUUCGCUUACAACACUUGAUGGCAAGCUGUACGCUAUUGGAGGAUUUGACGGCAACAAUUUUCUUUCUAUCGUUGAAGUCUACGAUCCACGCACAAACACAUGGGAACAGGGUACACCAUUAAACUCUGGUCGAUCUGGCCACGCUUCCGCGGUUAUAUAUCAGCCUUCCUGCGCCACUAGUUUCAUGGACUACGAAGAAAGUGUGAUGCCAAGGCGGGAUGACAGCAAUGAUGAAAGGCAUACGGAAUCGCCUCAAAAUCCCUGUGGAGGCAGAAGUCAAGACAUUUGCGGCAUUACAUCCAAUAUGCAGUUUCAUGCGUCUUAUGGUGCAAGAGGCUGUCACAACUGCGAGUCGGAUAUUAAAGCAAUAGACGAUCCUAUGACGGCAUUACGCAGCAUUAAAUAUUCUGCUCAAAAUAAUAUUAAAAAGUCAAGGCGAUGGCAAGAUAUAAGACGAUUUGAUAACAUCUUUGGGGACCAGGAAAUUAACAGUUGCCAUUCAUUGUUCUCUAUGCCUAUAGCACACGACGUGCCAAUGUCGCCUAGUAAUCAAAUCAAUAACCGACGUCGUUGCAUAUUAACCCCUAUGUGUAUAGCCAUGCAAAACAUAAUACUUAAGAGUUUUGAAUGGCGCUAUAAAAAGUUCACAACAGCAUCAUGACAAUUAUUUGAACCGCCAAACGUACUUUAAAUCCAAAAAGUUCCAUUUUGUAAAUCCGAUAAUCCUCCAUUUACGUUUACUUUAUAUUCCAUAUCAAUAACCAUUCCAGCCAACCAUUUGUACAUACAUACGACAAUUUAUAGUUCAAAAAGUUUUAUUUAAAAAAGUUAGGUGAUUGUGUGUAUGCUUUCAAGGAUAUGCAAUGUAAUAUAAAGCCUUUCAUAGCCUUAAGUUGUCUUUGCACACUCUAGUUGCACGUCAUUAUAACAACGCUUACAUUAAGUAGGAUAAAUAUAAACGGAAUGGACGUACUAUCGCAUUUAAAAAUUGUACCACUAUAGUUGGUAAGCGUAUUAUAGUUAACACCUACAAUUUUUAUAUUAUUCAUAAACAAAAUAGAUUAUUAUCUUAGAUAAACAUUAUUUAAGCAUU